GCGACGUUCGAUUCAGAAUGCGGAAGCCGUGAUGCUAACGAAAAUAGGUCUUAUUUUCAAUUGAUGUCAAUGGAACUUUGUAGUUGAAUUUCCAUAAUGUUUGGAAGAAAGAAAGAAUCAGAUGAUCCUCCUAAGAGGAAAGGAGCCGCUUUAAUGAACCAGCUUGGUUUUGGAGGCAACGGUGGUGGAUAUGGAAUGGACGAUGAUGAUGAUGAUGCAUUAGAGGCAGAGUUACUCGCUCUUCAAGGCCAGGGACCACCAAAGGCUAAGCCAAAAGACAAGAAAGGUAAAGCUGUAGUGAGUCUAGAAGAAAUUGGUAAAAUGGCUGACAACUGUAUGCAGGAAAUAGGUAGUGAUGAAGAAAUGUCUGACACGGAAGAUCCUGAUCUAUUGGCAGAACUUCAAGACCUUGAGGCUGGUGAUGAGGAGGAUGAAGAUGAUGCCUCUCCUUCACAAAGUGCAUCCACACCACAGCAGGGUGUCAGCAUGGAGUCAAAGAUACAGGAACGUCUGACACUUUACCAACGCGCACAGCAGGCUGCAAAGACAGCAGGGGACAGUUCUAAACUGAGGCGCCUUGAUAGGGGCAUAAAGACACUGCAUGAUCUUCAAAAGAAAGUGAAAGCUGGUAGAUCGAUUGCUGAGGAUGACAUCCCUCCUCCAGUUACUGUAUCCUCUGGCCCUCAUCCUCCACCAGCAGCUAAUCAAGCUCCUGUAGUUGAGCCAACACUCCCUAGGAAUGAGCCUUCCCCAAAACCUGCACCGAUUCCAGUUCCUGUGCCACAAGAAACUCCAACUGAGGUCCAUCACUCUGAGGAACAUACCAUGCUAGUAACACGCCAACAGCAGUACAAGCAGGCUGCACUACGCGCAAAAAAUAGUGGCGACAUGACAAGUGCGGCCAAGUACAUAAAAACAGCAAAGCAAUUUGAAAAUGUGAUAGCAGCUCUAGAUGAAGGGAAACCAAUAGAUCUGUCUCGGAUGCCUCCUCCUCCCCCAGAGUAUGGUGGAUCAGAGCAAAUUAGUCUACCACAACCACCAACGGUUCAAGUUCAAAGGUUAGAAGCACAGGCGACAGGGGAGAGCACUGAGGAUAUCCCUGAGGUUUCUGAUGCAGAUGCCAAGAGUUUGUUUCAAGCCCCUGAUGCCCCUAAUUCUGUGUUGGAUGCCUUACAACAAAGAUUAGAAAAGUAUCGGUCAGCAGAGAACGCAGCCAAGGAAGCUGGAGAUGGUUCUACCCGACGACAUGGACGAAUAGUUAAGCAAUAUCAAGAUGCAAUCAAGAAGACAAAAGCAGGAAAGCCUUUUAACUAUGAUGAGCUACCUACACCUCCAGGAUUUGCACCAAUCCCUGUGGGAAAAACUGCCGCUCCUCCUCCAGUAGCUGCUGCAACAUCCAAUCAGAGACUUCAGCCUUCUGGCGGUAGUCCUUCACCACAGAAACAGAGAACCCCUUCUCCUAACAGGACACCAACAGCCAAACCAGCAGCUAAACCAGUACAAAGACCAUCUUUAAAGAAAUCUCCAUCAUCACGUGCUGAGCAGCAAGCAUAUCUCUUAAGAGAGAGGAUGAACGAGUAUAAACAUGCUGCUGUUAAGGCCAAGAAAAGCAAUGACCUAGAACUGGCCAAGAAAUACAUGAGGAUCGCUAAGGGGUUUGAACCAAUGAUUGAAGCAGCAGAUAGUGGUCUACCAGUGGACAUGUCGCAGAUGCCACCCUCUCUUACUGAGGAGGACGAGCGGUCCUUUGUCAUGGUCAACCCAGAUGAAUGUGAAGUCAAAGGAGACAGAAAUGAAAUCUUCAAAAAACUAGAGCAGGAUCUCAUCAACCAGAUCAGGAUGAGUGCAUCUAAUCACCAACACUUCACAAAACUGGGAGACGUUUUAAAUGCUGCAAAAUUCCAAAAGAUGGAGCAAGGAUGUAGGAAAGAUUUAGAAGCAUUAAAAAAUGCCUUCCGACAUCAUGAUCCUGUUCCAAAGUUUCACUAUGAAAACAGAACUUUCUCACUUGUACAAUGUAAUACAGAUUUAGGAGAUAAUGACCUUGAGAUGACCUUGGUGAGAGGAAUACAACUGCCUACAAGUCAUGCUGAAAAAGACUUUGACACAUUUGUGAAAUAUGAAUUUCCAUACCCUACAGAUGAUCCACAGACUGGUAGUUCUGACACAGUAAAAGGCUCCGUUAAUCCAGAAUAUAAUGAACCAUGGAAGUUACAGAUAAGUAGGAAAUCAAGAGGAUUUGGACGAGUGGUAGAGAGAAAGUCGGUCAAGUUUGAGGUGUUUCAGAAAAGGGGUUUCUUCAAGGGAGACAAGUUAAUAGGUACCUGUAAUGUAAAGCUUCUCCCUCUCGACUCCAAAUGUACAUAUCAUGACAGUCAUGACCUCAUGGAUGGACGCAAGGCUGCAGGGGGAAAGCUGGAGGUGAAGGUUAGGAUAAGGGACCCGCUCAAAAGCAAGCAGGUGGAGGAGACAAAGGAGAAAUGGCUUGUGAUUGACCAGUUUCUGAAGACACUGAACUCAGCACCAGCGUCGGUGAAACAGGGGAAAUCCCAGGCACCAUCGCCGCCAGUGAAAAGUGGUUCCACCUGUAUAGAAGUGUUGAGAUUCGAAAAACAACAGCUGGAUCUUCAGAUUAAUAGUCUUAGAGAUCGUCUCAGCACAGAUCAGCUUAAAGCUCUACAGAAUAAAAGUCAGCUUUUGACGCAGAGAAUGGAUCAGAAGCAGGCAGAGCUCAAGAAAGGAGGAAAAGCUGCCCUCAAAGCCUAUGUCCAACAGGUGGACCAGGAGAUACCGGCUUAUGAAGAGGAAGCUCGUCAUCAUGCCAAAGCAGGCGACAUGCAUAAGGCUCAAAUGAUGCUGAACAAAAUUAAACAUGCUGAGAAAGAGCUCAAAGCCAUAAGAGACAAAAUCCCAGACUUAUAGUAAGAUCUUAUGCUGGUCAUAUCAUUGUCACCAUGGAAACGUCACCAACACCUUACUACUGCACAAUUACUACUUCUGUAAUGAAUGCUUGCAUUUUGCAGUCGUACAUUUUUGAACAGCCUGAAAAACAUGAUUUUGAUUGAUCUUUUUCUGAAGGAGUACUAACCUUACAUUGUUACAUUUCCUGUCUUUAUGUGCAUUUGUAUGCGAGAUUUAUAUAUCUCCAUAGUAAUUGUGACACAUACAGGUAACAUUUUAGUAGCAGUAUAGAAGAACAAGUCAGGUUUGUUCAGGAAAGAGAAGAUUUAGGAGUGUACAUGCUCCAAGAUAUUUAUAUUAUUUAAUGUAUAGUCGUUAAACUAAUAUGGUUUCAUGUUGUUUCCCCCCCGACUGCUUAAUGUGUUAUUAAAAUGUAAAUUAUCUUGUAGAUCAAUAUACAUUGUACAUGUAUAAGAAUAUUGUUAUUCAGUAAAUUAUCUUAUUAAUGUAGAUCGAUUCAUAAUAAUGUUAUUAUUAUUCACCAACCAGAUGAGUACGAGAUGAAAUGUGUUCAUAUCUCUGCAUUACAAUGAACAAAUUUAAUUUCAUUAAUACACUGUGUUAUUAGGAUCUCUUAACACUACUACAAUGUAAUUUCAAAAGCCAAAUAUAGGAAACUUUCAAACAGAAUAAGGAAUCAUAGAAAGAAGCAUUAACCAACAGCAACUUGAUGGUUGGUAGCAACAAAACAUGCUGUAUUGUCACCAUUGAAUUAUAGUUGUCAAACUGAAAUUGGGUAUAUUCAUACAUCAAGGCAAUUGUCAGUAGCUAACCUGGCCCUAAAAGUCCAUUGUCAGUAGCUAACCUGGCCCUAAAAAUCCAUUGUCAGUAGCUAACCUGGCCCUAAAAGUCCUUUGUCAGUAGCUCACCUGGCACUAUGGGUCCAUUGUCAGUAGCUAACCUGGCCCUAAAAGUCCUUUGUCAGUAGCUAACCUGGCCCUAAAAGUCCUUUGUCACUAGCUAACCUGGCCCUAAAAGUCCAUUGUCAGUAGCUAACCUGGCCCUAAAAGUCCUUUGUCAGUAGCUAACCUGGCCCUAAAAGUCCUUUGUCAGUAGCUAACCUGGCCCUAAAAGUCCAUUGUCAGUAGCUAACCUGGCCCUAAAAGUCCUUUGUCAGUAGCUAACCUGGCCCUUAAAGUCCAUUGUCAGUAGCUAACCUGGCCCUAAAAGUCCAUUGUUAGUAGCUAACCUGGCCCUAAAAGUCCUUUGUCAGUAGCUAACCUGGCCCUAAAAGUCCAUUGUCAGUGGCUAACCUGGCCCUUAAAGUCCAUUGUCAGUAGCUAACCUGGCCCUAAAAGUCCAUUGUCAGUAGCUAACCUGGCCCUAAAAAUCCUUUGUCAGUAGCUAACCUGGCCCUAAAAGUCCAUUGUCAGUAGCUAACCUGGCCCUAAAAGUCCAUUGUCAGUAACUCACCUGGCCUCAAGGGUCCAUUGUCAACUUUUUUUAAAAACGUCUCAGUAUAACCAAAUGGUAUUCAUCCGAGGUCAAAUAUUCUACUUCAUCUGAUUAAUGAAGAGAUUUAGUUUUAUGGUACCGGUAUUCAGACAGCAAUCAAGUCUGUUCAAAGAAAUCAUCUUGACCUUUAUUCAAGGCACAGGAGUCAAAUUUGUUAAAAUAGUUGAAUGGCUUUUCUAAUCAACAAAGAGACAGGGUUGAUAUUAGGACUGACCUGUUUAUUGUUCAAGGCCACACUUACGAGUAUACAAGAGGUUUAGUCUUGAUAUUUGGCUUGUAAUAUGUUGGAAUAAAGGCUAACAAGUUUAUUCAAAUGAGUUAUCUUCAUCCAUUUUCAAGGGUAAAAUAUCUUCCACGUUUGAAUAACCAAGAGGCCAAGGGUUUGAUACUCUUCUUAAUUAUGCCAGGCGGGUGUUACAGGGCUUUUAAUACCUCUCACUGAAAUGAAAGCUACAUUUUGAUAUAUCCCCCCCCCCCCCCCCCCCCCACCUACCUAGAUGUAAGAUACAAAGUGCCACAUUUUAUUGUUGAAGCCUUUUGACAUGAAUAUAUACAAGUUUUCUGAAAUGUUGCUAAAUCUUGUAAUAUAUACAAGUUUUCUGAAAUGUUGCUAAAUCUUGUAAAUCUAUCAGUUAUUGUACAUUUGUGUUUUAAGGAUGUCCAAUACAGAUAAGUACUGAGUAUUACUCGAGUUUAUCAUACUAUUAUUAGGUAACAGCAGAACAGGUGUACCUGGUUGUGAUCAAACAUUGAUGUAAUUAGUGACUAAAUUGUGCCUGACAACAUUAAAUAUAUAUCAAUCUAAAAUCUUCGUUGAUACUUUUAUGUUAAUAGUUUAGCUCAUGCAUUUUGUUUACUGUGAUUAAAACAAAAACCAUGGUUUCCUGUAAAAAUGAAGAUGUUUAUUGUCCAUUAUAAAGCAGUAAUAAAAAGUACAUUGCAAUAUAAUAUCACUCCAUAUUCAUUUGUCUAUUACAAAUAAAUUCCGUAAGAUUUGAUAAAUGCAUAUUUCAGCUUUCAUUCUCCUUUAAUCUGGAUUUAAUAAAAGUUUACACACAUAUGAAAUAUUUGGUGGACACUGGUCUUAUUGAUCUGCUUGACUAAAUUUGUAAAGCAGAAAAGUAAAAAA